AUGGCACAGUCAAUGCUACCCUGGCCAUUGCAGUCGGCAUCAACGGACGAUGUCAAGCCAUCAGGCACCGCACUUGUGGGCUCGAGCCCCGGCAUGGCAUACUCAUCGGACCGCAGUUGGAGUGGCGCAGCCGGUGUCUCAACCUCUUUUGACUGCCAACAGGUUGAGCCAUACAUCUUGCGCCAAUCGGACUCCCAGUUUGGCCAGAACAGUGACCUGAUGUACAAUCACCUUGGCACCCAGAAUGGCACCCCCAAAGGUUGCGGGUAUACCGUGCCGGCAACAAGGGCGGUGGCUCAUUUGAGUGGGCUGCCUCAAGGAGCAAACCCCAUCUUGUCUACUGCAGUCAUGCGUACGUCCAUAUCGCCAAAGAGCUUCACUAGCGACGAGUUCGACAACUCUUACAGCCCAGAGCCAAUGCCCGAUCAAGCCUCACCAAGUUGCAACUGGGGUACAAUUCCGAUGUAUUCUUCAAAUACGGUCAUGCCGUUGCUCAAACCCGAAGCCUACUAUGCUGAUGCCGGAAUCAGUGACAUGCCGCAAAUGGAGGGUAGUUUAGGUCUAUCCCUUGCUCCUUCCACAGGCCAUACUGGACGAGGACAGACUAUCCAGAUUCCCAGGAAGGGCCUGGUAUCUGCGCCUGAGCAUUCUUACUCGCAUGACAGCAACCAGGGCGCUUCUCCGUGGUUUAACCCGAAAUACCUCUCGUCCACAGACCAUAUGUGGGGUACGCAGUCCCAGUCACCUCUAGGUACUGAGUCGCACGCUGCACCCACCCAGGAUCACGUCCAGCCUCGAUUGCAAGUCCCCCGUAGGUCUAGUACGCAAGGCCAGCGCGAGCGCAACGAUCGAGUGCUCAUCGAGGGCAAGAAGAGGGGUGAGACAUAUAAAGAGAUCAAAAAGAAGUUGAUCGGAGAGGAUCCUGCAGAGUCCACUCUGAGGGGGCGUUAUCGCUCCUUGACCAAAGACCGGAGGGACCGUGUCCGUAAGCCCGUGUGGACAAAGUUUGAUACGGAGUUAUUGAACGAGACUGUUCUGCAGGAGUUGAAGCGCAUCGAAAGCAAUCUGCAGAACCCAUCCGCGUUGAGCAUUGAGCAGAAGCUAAUGAAGGUCUCUUGGAAGAAGGUGGCCGACUAUAUCGAGGAAAAUGGCGGAUCAUACCACUUUGGCAAUUCGACUUGCAAGAGGAAGUGGCUGGAGUUGAAUCCGGCCUGCGAGUAG